AUGUCCUACGUUAACUUCAAUUCUAGACAAAAUGCAUUGGAUAACAAUGGAAUUGGUUCAUCAAACAUCAAAUUCACAAAUACCACAUCAAUAACCGAGUCAUCUUCAUCUACCAACAAUACGAUUGCGGUCAAAGUACCAUUCCCGCCAUCGAUCACAUUAGCAGAGAUAGUAAAAAAGCGGAAAGGAAUUAAAAGAUCUGCAAAGCCGUCGAAUGGAUUUAUUAUUUAUCGAGGAGAAUAUUUAAAGGCAACGAAACGACAAAAUAUAAAAAUCGAAAUGACACAAUUAUCGAAAAGAGCUGGCGCUGCGUGGAAAGAAGAACCGCCACACAUCAGAAAAUGGUACAAGGAUUUGGCCGAAGAAGUUGCUGAAUCCAUCGCAAAAUCGCAUGUUCAAUCAUCAGAUUUCGUCGAAAAUCCUUGGACGGAAUAUACAAUAAAUCGGUGCCAAAAAACUGACGUAGUGGUUUUGAGUCAGAAUGAUUAUAGAAAUUAUGAAUCUAAUCCACAAGUUAGCACACAAAAUGACAACGCACAGAACACGCACAUAAACAUUACAAAUUCAUAUGCACCCUUAUCUAAGCAAGAUUCGAAUCCGACUAUCGAUUCUUUAUUAGAAUGUCAAAAUAAUGAUUUCUACCAAUUUUAUUCUAACGUUAGUGCUACCACAACUCCAAUAACCGGAUAUUUGAAUUAUAUUGAUCAAUCGCAAUUUCAACCCCCCUUUCCAGUAGAUUAUUUAUUAGAAGCAACUCAAGAAAACAACGAUUUUUUAUUAUUAAGCGAUCAAAUGCCUCAGAAUUUUGAAAUCAAUUUUGAUCCUUCAUUAUAUUCAUUUCCUGAAACAAAUAUCCUAUUUUAUGAGGAUUAUGAUAAUUUAUAUGCAAAUGCAAAUAUAUCCGAAGAAAGAAAAAUAUAG